AUGCGCGGCAUCCGUGAGAUAGCGGGUGGACAGAUUCCUCCAGACAUCCUUCGACCCAUGCUGUACGGGCUUCUCCUAGACUUGGAGUUCCUACAUUCAGACGCCCACAUAGUGUACAUCGAAAUCCAAGAGGGAAACGUCAUGCUCUCCAUCACCGAUCCAACCAUCCUGGACGAAGUUCUCGAGGCGGAGGCAGAGGAUCUCCAGCCUUCGAAAGUCGACGGCGAUCCCAUCAUUUACCCAUCAGUCGACAUCGAUAUGCCAGACGAUCCGGGCCAGCCAGUGAUAUGCGAUUUUGGCGAUGCGAAGGUUGGGACAGGUCCGUUCGAGGGCGAAGUCAUGCCGGACCUAUACCGCGCUGCUGAAAUCCUGCUCAAAAUCGCGUGGGACAGCAAGACUGACAUAUGGGCUUUCGGCUUGAUGACUUGGGACCUCCUAGAAGGAAAGCACCUCUUCAACGAGCGACUCCCAAGCCGGGAAGAGUCCAGCGAGGCGCAUCUGGUCAGGAUGGUGUCGCUUCUCGGUCCUCCCCCGAAGGACCUGUUGGAACGAAGCAGCGUUCCUGAGAAGUUCUUCGACAACGAAGGCAAGCUUAAAGCUGGCGGGAAGAUUGGAACGGCGCUGGAGGACGGAAAGGUAUUCUGGAAGGGAAGGAGAAGUCCAAAUACCUGA